GGGGGCAGUUUCUAGGUGACCCGGAAACCCGAUAUCGACCCAUAUGUGACAUCUCUGCUCUGCCCCUGUUAAAUCGUCUGAAUCCACGGGCAGAUAUACGGGCAGCCGUUGAGAAACUCAUAGAUUCCAAUCGAAGCUGAUGUGGCAGGUGGCAAUACAUUAAGAGGCACAAAACGACCAUCUCUUGUCACACACACCAAAUAAAGAAACCAUGGAACACCCAAACCAAGAAAAACCACUAAAGUCGACAGAAAAACAUACCCAUCUCCAAAAUCCACAUCGACAUGUCAUCAAAGAUCUCGUAUGGUUCUCUCUCAUCGCUACAUUUUUCAAACUUCUCCUGAUCCCAGCUUAUCACAGCACGGAUUUCGAGGUCCACCGUAACUGGCUAGCCCUCACCCACACCUUACCAUUAUCUCAAUGGUACACCGAUGAGACCAGCCCAUGGACCCUUGAUUACCCACCUUUCUUCGCUUAUUUCGAGCGUUUUCUCGCCCUUUUCGCAUCUCUCGUGGACCCCACCAUCACCGACCUCUACAAUGGCCUAAAUUACAAGGCUCCUUCGGUCAUCAUAUUCCAGAGGCUCAGUGUAAUAGCGUCAGAUACAACAUUAAUUUACUCAGUUUACAACUUGACUAAGAACAUGGAACUAAAGAAGCGAUUUUUGAUCUGGAUUUUGGUUGUUUGGUCACCUGGGUUGUUGAUUGUGGAUCACGUGCAUUUUCAGUACAACGGGUUUCUGUUAGGGAUUUUAUUGAUUUCGUUGGGGGCGCUUCAAAACGGGAAUGACUUGUUUGGUGGGUUCGUUUUUGCAGUUUUGUUGUGUUUUAAACAUUUGUUCGCGGUGGCGGGACCCGUUUAUUUUGUGUAUUUGUUUCGGCAUUAUUGUCGUGGCGGGAUUGUAAAAGGUUUUGGCAAGUUGGUCACUAUGGGAACGGUGGUAGUUGGUGUUUUCAUGGCGGCUUAUGGACCAUUUGCAUAUUAUGGACAGAUACAAGAAGUUCUGAGGCGCAUGUUUCCUUUUGGUAGGGGACUUUGCCACGCGUAUUGGGCUCCGAAUUUCUGGGUGUUUUACAUACUCGCCGAUAAAGCACUUGCAUCCGUACUUUCAAAAUUAGGGUUCCAUAUCCAACCACCAACCGCUUCAUUCACCGGUGGGCUAGUUGGGGAUUCUUCUCCGUUUGCCAUACUACCUACGAUCACACCUUCAGUCACGUUCGCCAUGGUCCUGCUUGCCAUAUCUCCUUGUCUUGUCAAGGCGUGGAGAAAUCCCGACCCGAAGAUGAUUGUUAGACAGGUGGCGUAUGCAUACACAUGCGGUUUUUUGUUCGGAUGGCAUGUGCAUGAGAAGGCGUCACUUCACUUUUUAAUUCCCCUUGCAGUCGUUGCAGUAGAAAGCAUCGAGGAUGCACGCCAUUACUUCAUAUUAUCUAUAGUUUCUGUGUACUCAUUGUUCCCUCUUCUCUAUGAAGCUCAAGAAUACCCGAUAAAAGUGACCUUACUUCUUUUACACGUUGCUUUAAUGUGGUUCGGGUUUUCUGAAUCAGGGUCCGUUUCAAAAAAUGGCGGUCUUGUUAAUAGAUGGAUAGUAAGGAUGUAUUUGGUUGGUUUUGUGGUUGUGGAGGCAUGGGGACAGUUUCUUCAUCCUUUGGUUUUCGGUGAUAGGUUUCCGUUUUUACCCCUCAUGAUGAUCUCAUUUUACUGUGCAUUAGGGAUGAUGUACUCUUGGAUUUGGCAACUUAGAUGUAUUGUUAGGUCUCCUUGAUGGUGACAAUAUAAAACUUUAUUAACAGGGAAAAUACAGGUUACAGAGAGACGAGACGAGUAUGGUUCCAUAUAAUUGGACUAUCAUUUUGUGUUGUGAUAUUGCUAAUUUUAUUUAACCCUUAUGAGAUAUAAUUGUUGUUAUAUUGGAGUUUUGUUUUUCUA